AUGGCUAGAGCGUCGCAAAGUCAGACGUUGGUGAAACUUGAUUUCAAAGAAGCGAUAUUUUCCAAAGGCAGCAAGAGGGAUGCGAGUGAAGUUGUGUUAAAACGUAUCAAGAUAUUACGACAAAAACUCUCUGUGUUGGAACAAGAUGCAGUCGAUUUAAGAUCUUUAGAUCCCAUAAGAAAACAAUUGAUCCAUCAAGAUAUACUCAUCCACAAAGACCGCGGUGUCAAAGCUUACGCAGCAUGUUGUAUGGCCGACAUGUUGAGGCUCUAUGCACCUGAUGCACCUUAUUCUGAAUCACAACUAUCCCUCAUAUUCGGUUUCUUUAUCGCUCAAAUUACCGACAAUCUCAAAGUGACAACAGCGUCUACCCAACCCUUACAAGUCAAUAGGAAUAAAUCAAACGGUGCGAAAGAACCUCCUCAACAAUCACAAACUCAACAGAGUCAAAGAGUCACAGAUGUCGCUUAUUACACUGAAUAUUACCAAUUGAUAGAAAGUUUAGCUACUAUCAAGAGUGUAGUAUUGGUAUGUGAUGUACCGGAUUCCGAAGUUUUGAUGGAGAAGUUUUUCACCGGAUUCAUGGAGAUCAUAAGACCCGAUAUGAACAAAACCCUCAUUCGUUACCUUCGAGACAUCCUUGUAGCCCUAAUUGAAGAGUCAUCGCAGUUACCUCAGAAAGUGAUGGAUUGCCUGAUCAAUCAGUUCGAGAGAUUCUCGUCCUAUCCCGAGACCCUUUCUUUCCAACUCACUGUCGAUGUCUGCAAUCAAGUGGCGGAUAAGCUGAAAAGACCCAUUUACGCUCACUUCUCUGAUAUUCAAGCAACUCAUGGGCGCGAUCCUACUCCGAACGAUUUGAAAAUCCUUUCUGAAUCGCACGAUCUGCUUCUUGCCAUUUACAGAGUCUGUCCCGAUCUUUUACUCAAUGUUGUUCCCCUUCUCGAGGAGAACCUAAAAGUCGCCGAUGAAGUGACGAUACGUCAGUUGUCUGUCAAGACUCUGGGACAAUUAUUUUCUCAACAUCCUGGAGCUGAGCAUCCAGCUAGGAAAUACCCUUCCGCCUGGAGCGCAUGGUUAGGUCGAAGAGUUGAUAAAGCGUUACCUGUUCGACUUGCUUGGGUUGAAUCAACUAAAGACGUAUUGGUGAAUCACCCUGAAGUUAGGAAAGAGCUGCAAGCCAACCUCAUGGAUCGAGCAGACGAUUCCGAUGAAAGGAUAAGAGCGGCAAUAUGUAAAGUCAUUGGUUCACUAGAUUAUGAAACAGCACUGCAUCAUGUCAGUUCAGAUACUUUGCAAACUAUUGGAGCAAGGAUGGGCGACAAGAAGUCAUCUGUCCGACUGGAAGCUGUAGAUGCUCUGGCGAAGCUUUGGAAUUUGGCUUACUCGGAGAUCGAGUCUAAUAACCCAGAUGCCAUCAAGCAAUUUGCUUGGAUCCCCGAUACUAUGCUUUCAACAACUAGUAGAGGCGGAUCCAAUCCCGAAUUAAGGUCGCAACUCUUGUCCAUGUUCAAAUCUUCCAUCAUUCCUCUUCCAAAGGAAACAAACGAUGAGCAAGCUUGGGUAGAUCGACUACUACUCGUUACAAGCAGAUUAAGCGAAAUAUCUCUGAAAGCUCUCAAGAAGAUGACAGGUUUAACAGAGUACGCUCAGGGCAUGUCACCAUUCAUGGCGCUCGUACAAUCUUGCGAGGAGUACAACGGGGGUGUCAUCGCCGAUGGAGGUCAAGAUGCGAAAGCAAAAUUGAAUUUCAUUAUUGAUGCUAUGUCGCGCAUGUUCUUCGGAGACGCCGAUAAGGCCAAGAGAGAUCUUCAUGCGUUCGCUGCUGCAAACGAGACGAGAUUGUUCAAACUUUACAAGACCUGUGUAGACAUUCAUUCCAGUCUCCCUUCCAUUGUUAAAGCUAAAAAUGAAUUCUUGCGAAGGGUUCAUCAAGGCCACGAUGAUCUUCUUGAAACACUUACUACGCUGGUUGACGUAUCAGCUUGGAAUGUCGUCAACCAAUCAUCCAUCCCUGCACUUCUUCGCCGAAUCUCUAAACCCGAAUCUGAAGCUUCGGCCUCUGCUGCUGCCAAACUUCUGGGAAUGAUGGCCAAAGAAGGUGCACCUAUGUUCAAGUCUCAUACGGGACAACUGGUGGUCUCGAUGAUGGACAAGAAGAACGAGAAACUUGUAGAAUUGUCCCUACAAGCGUUAGCUUCGGUUUGUAAGAUAUAUCCGGACGUGGCUCCUGCUGAACAUCGACCGGUUGAACGAGCGAUUGCCAUAGCUCUCGAAGGUACACCAAGACAAGCUAAAUUCGCAGCUCGAUUCCUUGCUAGAUGCAAGGAGCCGGAGGCGUGUGACGAUCUCAUCAGAGACAUCGUCAAAGGCUUCAAGAAACUCACCGGUACACGUAUCCUUACCUAUCUUCGUGCUUUGACAGAACUAGCUCUGGUCAAACCACAAGCCUUCGAAGCGCAAAGUGAAGACAUCAUGAAGUUUGUAAUGAACGAAGUCAUUCUGUCACCUUCUCCUUCGUCAGACGUGGAUGGCGGCGAUGAAUGGGUAGAAGAGGACACUCUCGAGACCCUUGAUCGAGCCAAGAUACUAGCGUUGAGGUUACUUACUCAUCGAUGUAUUGGGUUUGCCCGGGAACCAGAAGCAGAUCAGAUAUUGAAACCUAUUCUAAAGCUUCUUUGUACGGUAUUGCAGAAUGAUGGGAUGAUCAACGAGAGUACUGGAGAAGGUGGCUUCGCAAGGUGUCAUCUUCGUCUCCGAGCGAGUAUGUGUCAACUGAAAUUAGCCAAUGUCAAAGCAUUCGACAGGGCUAUAACAAUACCGAAUCAGUUCGAGAUGAUUGUCGGCACCAUUCAGGAUCCCUGCUACAUGGUUCGAAACCUGUUUCUUCGUAAAUUAGGUCAAAUAUUACCCACUCAAAGGUUGUUACCGAGAUGGAACAUCGCUCCUAUCAUGGUAGCUAUGGAUCCAGAAGCAGAGAAUGUUGCGGCUGGUCGAGCCGUGAUGGCCGCAAUCAUUGGAGCUUGUGCAAAUUUCUCCCAAUCCGAACGAAUAGAAAGAAUCGAAAUGCCUUUAGCUAGACUACUACACUUAUUAGCUCAUCAUCCUGACUUACAUUGGAAUGAACCCGAAGAAGGUGAAGAAGGAGAAGAAGGAAUAUCGGAUCAGCAGAAUCUGAAAGAUAUCGCCAAGUUUAUCGAGCUUUACCUGGACUGCGUGGCCAAUCGAGAUAAUAUUGGAUUAUUGCACCAUAUCGCGCAACAAUUGAAAGGAGUCAGAGAUCGACAUGGCGACAAUAGCAGGCCUUUAUGGACCUUGGCAGAACUGACUGAACUCAUCAUUCGAAAUCGAGCGACUAAACAUGCAUGGUCGAUUCCUACUUAUCCAGGUAAAAUCAGAUUCCCGAAAGAUAUUUUCCACCAUGCAGAUAAUCCUGAAGAUCGACAAAAAGUUCAAAGAACUCAAUAUUUGAGUGAAGAAGUCAGGGACUGGGCAAAAGGUUUAGGUAAAAGAAAUACCGUCUCUCAACCUACCAAAAGAGCGGAACCUCAUACUUCUACGUCACCCGGCAUCAAACGUAAAUCUUCGACCAAGAAGAGAACUUCAAGGAAGAAGAGAAGGAUUGAACAGAGCGAUGACGAAAAUGACAACGAUAGCGAUGAUGACGAGGAUGACGAAGAUGAAUCUGAGACUGUAGCUGAGAGCGUUGAAGACGAUAUCGAAGAAGGAGAAGCAGUCUUAGGUAGAGGAGGGAGAAGAGGUGCUAAAACAAAAGCAAAGCGAGCUGUGGGCAAGAAGGGCAAGAAAGUGAGAUCGAAGAAAGAUGACGAAGAUGAGGAAAUGGGACAAGAAUCUGAUUUGACAGAUUUAGAUGAUUAG